UACUCCCGUGCGCUGCUCCCGAUCCGCGGACUCAUGGCCACGGGCAACCCGCCGCUCCUGCCCGCGCCGGGGCUGCCCGUUUCGAUGCCUCGAGCAGCACCCCCGGCAACGGCGGCGGGGGUCCCCAUGCCGCCCACCUUCCUUCGCCCUCCCAGCUUCUUCGUGCGCGCCGCGGCCGCCGCGCUUUCCGCGGGCAACGCUCCAAGUUGCUACGCGCAGGCGGCGGUGGGCCUGGAGCGCGGCGUGGGUUACCCGCGCACGCCGAAGUGCGCCCGCUGCCGCAACCACGGCGUGGUGUCGGCGCUGAAGGGCCACAAGCGCUUCUGCCGCUGGCGGGACUGUGCGUGCGCCAAGUGCGCGCUCAUCGCGGAGCGGCAGCGCGUGAUGGCCGCCCAGGUGGCGCUGCGCAGGCAGCAAGCGCAGGAGGAGAUGGACGCGCAGGGCGGCGGGGGGACUCACCCCAACCAGCCGCAGAAGCGGACGCCUGUUGCGGCUCGCCUCAGCUCCGGGAGGCAGGCGGAGGCCGGCGGCGCUGAAAGCGAGCCGGCUCCCAAGAAUUCCUCUCCGGAGUUCCAACGCGGGCGAAGAGAAGAGAAGAUUCAGAAGUAUGACUUCUACUGCAGUGGAUCGGGCAGUUCUGUAGUCCAUUUGCUUACACCGUCUCUGACAUCUUCUCCUGAAGUUGCUGGAAGCAAUCAAGAGAAGCCACCCGAGAUGCAGGCUUUAAGUAAAGAGAUCUCUUUAUCGGGUCCUGAUGAAUCUUUAGAAGGAACUGACAGCCCAGCCUCUUCGUCUUCUUCGGACAUGGAAUCAGGAAACGAAAGCGAGUGUCCCAAGGAUUUUGUUCCCUGUAAUGCCAGUGUCCCUCCUGUUCCUGCUGCUGACGGUAGCUUAAAGCGCAGAGACCCCCUCAAUAUUCUUACCAAGGUCUUCCCUAAUCACAAAUCAAGCAGGUUGGAAAGAGUUCUGCAGCUCUGCAGAGGAGACAUAGUCCAAGCUAUAGAGCAGAUCCUGAAUGCCAGCGAACACAGGCAAGGAUUCCGGGAGCUUGCAAUCCCAGUCUUGCCCGAAUGCAGUGCUUUUCAGAGAUCUUCCGAUUUUGGCCUUGGAAUAGAUGUCGCAGCGCUUGGCAACAAGUCAGCAUUUGUGCCUCUUCAAACCAGCUCGGCCUCUUCCAGGAGAGAGAUGACCUUUUAUGGCUUAAGCCCUAGACUUGGACUCGGACCUCUAAGAGUGACUUACUCUCCUCCAGGAAGAGCGUUACCUGGAUUGAUGGCACCGUACCUGAGGAAUGGCUUGUUUCCUGCUUUUCCUUUCCAUCCAGUGGUGGAUUCUUCCUUUUCAGGGGUGAUCAAAGAUGCGUCUUAUUCCCCCAGUGAAGACAAGCUUUUCAGUACCAAGAUGUACGCCAGGUUAAAUGAAGACCGCAAAUAGCAUUUUGAUCGACAGUUGUUUUUUUCUUAGUCUAAUUUGUUCAGUUGUGCUGAUUACUCGUUGUGGAGCCCGAUCCUUAAAUGUACAUCCAAUAAAGAGAAAAUUAGUAUUAAAUCCUUCAUUUAAAAAAAAAAAAAAAGGCUGCCACAGGGUUCUUCCCCCCAAAUCAGUUGAA